UUUAUAUAUACCGCAAAGCGUUAGCACGUAUUUUUGCGCGCAAAUGAAACUAAAAUUUUGUAAACAGAGCCACAGGUCGACUUGAAAGAAAUUUGGAUUAAGCUGAUAGAAAUGUCAGGUUUUGUUUAUAAAGAGGUGAACGGGGACUUGUUCAGCGCGAAGGCCGACUAUUCCAUGUGCCAUUGCGUGGGCGCCGACUUGCGUAUGGGCAAAGGGAUCGCUGUCAAAUUUAGCACUAAGUUUGGCCAGCUACUGACAUUGCAGAGGCAGAAUGUGCAGCCGGGUGGCGUUGCCAUCCUAAAAGAUCUGGAGCGUUUUAUCUACAAUCUCGUUACCAAGCAAACGAGCUGGGGCAAGCCCACCUAUCAGCUACUCCACAGCACCUUGACCGCGAUGCGGCAGCAUAUGCUCUCGUCGUCACGAUUUUCACAGAGGACCUCUUCCAUCCCCUCUUCCAUUCCGGGGAUAUAGAGUUUAUGGCUCUGCUCGCAGGUGGUCUUAAGAUUGAAUGCACUCACGGCAUCCUCAAGGCAAGGCGGACAUAUAUUUUCUGAUAGUAAAUCGCCUCGGCUAACGUCGUACCCGGUACACUCCGAUAUCAUGUCAGCAAUGGAAGUGUCCCAUUUUUGUGGCUCGUCGAAUAUGCUUGUGAAUGCUCCAGAAUUUCCCAUGCAAACUCUGCAUAUUUCGUCCAUU